AUGAUAUGGGCUGAGCUUUAUCAUAGAUACAAAAUCGUCUUAAUUUCCUUGCCAGUGCAGAGACCAUCUUUUCUAGCUACACGCAUCGAGGCAGUGGAGGCACCAAAACAAAGUGGUGAAUCUGCGGUUGCAGUGGAUUUGAUAAGUGUACAUGAGGAGAAAAAUGGAGAAACUGUGGCUUCGUCAUGCGCGAAUGAUCGUCGCUCAAAGUUUUGUGCUCCUGUUCAGUAUGACGAUGUAGCAGAGAUUCUGCCUUCAGAAGGACGUGCCACAACUCCUCCACCACCACCAUCUUUUGGACCAUCCGGCAAUUCCGUAAUUUCAGGGAUAUCGAAUGAUCAGUGGGAGAUUUUGCCGGGCAAAAAUUAUCGUUGGAAGGAUUGGAGAUUGGUGAAGGGCGGCGUAUCGUUCUUCAUCUGGUGUGAUGCUGUGGCGAUGGAGUUCAGGUUAGCUUUCCAUCCCUUUUGUUUUACGCGACGGGUGGAACCCCUCUGGGUUUCCAACACAGAUUCAUAUGUAUUCCGUUUUUGUUUUCAGUCUUACUAG